GAGGAGUAGUAGGGUGGGGAAUUAUAAAAAAAUGAGCAUGAACUCUUCAAUAUACAUUUUUCUUCUUUUAUUACUUCCUAUUACUGUUUUCGUUGGUGAGGCAUAUCGGUACGCUGAAUGUCAACGACAACCAAACGACGAAAUCAUCUGGGAAUACGAUGUACGAAGACCAUAUAUUCGUGGUAUUUAUCAGGAAGUCGAAGCAGAAUAUGGACCAACAAUGGCAAUCAUCACUUGCAUAGUGAUCGAUUCAUUGUCCGAUGAGGACAACGAUGCUGCAUGGAUAAUCGAUGGUGGUUUGAAUCAAAAUUUUGUCAAACUUAAAUUUCGAUCUAAAUACUCGAGAGGUCUUCGUUACAAAGUUUUUGUAUAUGGUCAGUCUAUGUUAAAACAGGGAUCGGAUAAAUUAUAGUAAUAGUUAUUGGUUUAUUCUUGCCCCUUUCGGUUUUAAACGGGGGGAAAGUUAAACUUGUAUAAUUGUCAGUGUGAUUGUGGAUGUAUGUACAUGUAUUUUUUCAUUUAUUAUUUUUCCUUUCUUAAAAAAAUUAUCGUAUUUCAUCCUAUUUUCACGUCCUAGCUUUAACAACAUUUACAAAUAAGAGAAACAUAUUUUCAUUUUAUUUUAUAUAUAAAUAGUCACGAAUA